AUGAGUUCUACUGGAGAAAACAAUGGCACCCCAACGAAUCCUAUGCUUUCGCAAGGAAGUCGACAAAUGCUGGACCUUAUCAAUCGACUACAUAGCACGGGAGUGCAGACCGACAUUGAUCUUCCGCAAAUCGCCGUCAUUGGCUCGCAAAGCGCCGGCAAAUCUUCUUUGAUCGAAUCUAUAUCUGGAAUUACGCUACCUCGCGCUGCGGGGACCUGCACUCGGUGUCCGACGGAGUGUCGUCUCUCGCAUAGCAACAGCCCUUGGCAAUGUGUCGUUUCGUUGCGGUUUAUUACAAAUGAGAGGGGCCAGGCCCUUGGUGAAGCACGAACUGAGCUGUUUGGGCCGACCAUCACAGACAAAGCUGAGGUUGAAGGUCGAAUCAGGCGUGCGCAACGCGCCAUUCUGAAUCCUUCAAAGCCCCGGAGCGACUUUUUGGAAGCGGAUGAAGACGUCGCCAAUCCGGAGCUCAGCUUUUCGAACAACUGUGUUACACUCCAGAUCAGUGGACCUGAUAUUGCGGACCUAUCCUUCUGCGAUCUACCUGGCCUGAUUGCAAGUGUCAGCAGCAGUAAAGGAAACUCAAAUGACAUCGCUCUUGUCGAAAACCUUGUUACAGCCUAUAUUAAGAAGCCAAGUUGCAUAAUCCUUCUGACCGUGGCUUGCGAAACCGACUUUGAGAACCAGGGUGCUCAAACCCUCGCGAAGCGAUAUGACCCGGAAGGAAAACGAACGAUUGGUGUUUUAACGAAACCCGACCGUAUUCCCACUGGCGAAGAAGUCAAUUGGCUAUCCUUUAUCCGAAACGAGAGGGAACCGUUGGAGAAUAACUGGUACUGCGUGAAGCAGCCAAGCUCUAGCGACCUGAAGCAGAAGAUAACUUGGCAAGAUGCUCGUCGGCGAGAGGAUGAGUUUUUCAGCAUGACAGCUCCCUGGUCGGAGCUUGACACGGUCCAUCAAAAGUACCUGCGCACCGCCAAUCUAGUUGAACGCCUCAGUUCAGUCUUAUCUGAACUUAUCAUCAAGAGGCUACCGCAAAUCCAAGAUGAACUCGAGAAAGCCAUUGCAGAGACGCGUCUGGCUCUCAACAGUCUCCACAAGGAACCCUCCAACGAUCCGCUCAACGAGAUCGUCACACUUCUCCACAUUUUCACAAACGAUGUCGCUAAACACGUCGAGGGUGUCCCCCAUAAAGCUGGUCUGCUUCAAGCGAUCCGCCCGGCUCAGGAGCGCUUCCGACGUGGAAUCCGUGUGACUGCCCCCAAAUUCCGUCCAUACGAGAGAGUGUAUGUUGGACACAGGCAUCUAUUGAAGCCCAAGUUUCUCUCUAAUGAAGAGGGAAACGAUGACGACGAAGGAAGUGGUAUCGAUGACAGUCCAGGUUUUAUUGGAUCUGCGCGCAGUGAUGACACUGACGAUGACGGCGACACCGACGACAAUGAUGACGAUUUGACGGGCCAGGGCCAAGGCGGUAUCAUAUGUAUAGAUGAAGUACUUGAGAUGGCGCAAGAUGCGCGCACUCGAGAACUACCUGGAAACUAUCCUUUCGUCGUACAAGAGUUAUAUAUCAAGGAGUUUACCAAUAAAUGGCACCUCCCUUCACAGUCCCUGGUUACCACUGUCCAUACCCUCGUCAUGGAGCACUGCAAGAAGCUCGUUACAAAGCACUGCAACCAUUUUGGUCAGGGGACUUUGGAACAACGCGUCAAGGCGAUCAUCCAGAAACAUGUGAAUGAGUGCCUCCAACGGGCAGAGGAGAGAAUUGAAUGGCAAUUGAAACUCGAGGAACGACCCUUCACCUUGAACUCGCAUUAUUUCUCGGAUUACAAGGAUAAAUUCUUCGCGUACUACAAGGGUUCCCGACGGAAAGACGAGGAAGGGGAUUUGAUGGAACUUAUCCAUAACUUCAUUAAGCCAAAACCAAUGCCAGUAAGCGAAGGUCCAUUUGCGAGUAACAACAGGUUAUACAGGGAGCCCAGCGUUCCUGGUCCUACUGGAGUUGGCAAGGUCCUUGCUGGGCUGGCGGAGAUGGGCCUCACACAAGUGAAGGCAGAGGACAUCCCAAAACUUCUGCCUCCUGAUAAGAUGCAGCCUGCUCUCCACAUCAUGUCCGACGUCAGGGCGUACUUUCAAGUUGCCUACAAGCGUUUCUCUGACAACAUCUGUCUGGCAAUUGACUUUGAGUUGGUUCGGGGUGUCGAACGGAACCUUAUAACAGCGCUCUACGCGACUUUAGGAAUCAAUGGACCUGAUGGACCCCGCAUCUGCAAGGAGCUUGCCCAGGAGAGCCCUCAUCUCGCUGAUCGCCGCGCGGACCUCAAAGGGAAGCUUCAGAGGCUGCUAUCCGCGAGUUCAGAGCUCUUGCUAGUCAGCGUUUAA